AAUAGGGUAGAGGUAGACCAUUGUAUGGUACGGUAGAUCUAUUAGUAGAAGUACAUUGGAAGUGUAUAACGAAGAUGAUUAUAUGUCAGCAGCUUUUUUUUGUUAACCAUUUCCCAUACCUUACGUUUUCCAUAGAGUGAUCUUAGACAGGGAUAUGUUUAACAUCUUGAUGUGUUCACUCACAAUAUGUCAUUAUUGGUGUGUGUGUGUGGGGGGAGGAGGAUUAUUCUGAUUACCAAUUCAACAGUUGGUUGAGCAGAACCCCACGAGGAGGAGGAGCUUUAGAGGCUCUUAACCAAGGAGGGUAAUCUUCUGUUCCAUCUGCCAGUCCACUGGCCAGCAGGUGACCAUGAGCGAUUCUGUAUCCUGUAUCCCUAUUCACGGCUGGGUUUCAGUACCACAUUCAUCUACACUGGCCAUUGCUGUUGUGAGCGGUCAAUGUGAGUGACCUGGGAGGGUUGGUUUGGAUACGCUGAGACUUCAAACGUCUAUUCAUCCCAUGAUGCUGUUGUCUCCUGCGGCUGAGCGCAACCAGGACGAUAUACUGUCAGUGCUGGCAGACAUUCUGGAGGAGCAGUCCCACAAAGAACUGUUUGGCCUGGAGCUGGGCUCUGGCACAGGGCAGCACGUUGUGCACUUUGCCCAGGAGCUGACCUAUGUCACCUGGCUUCCAUCAGACAUCCAAGAGGAGUCUCGUGCAAGUAUCCGUGCUUACAUUGGGGCAACGAAAGUGAAGCGCGUUCUAGAACCUGUGCACCUGGAUGCCAGCGAGCCCUGGGACAAAUGGGCGGGCCUGCCCCGCAGCUCCUGUGACGUCAUCGUAGCCAUCAACCUCUUCCAUGUCUGCUCCUUCAAAACAGCAGAGGGUGUUUUUCAAGGAGCUGGCGAGAUUCUGAGAAAGAAUGGCUUUCUGAUGACAUAUGGGCCUUAUGCAAUGAAUGGGAUCAUCAUUCCGGAAUGUAAUGAGGAACUGGACAGAAGUCUGCGUGAGAGAAACCCUGAGUGGGGUCUUCCUGACAUUGACGUCCUGAGACAGAUUGCCUUUACUAAUGGAUUGCGUAUGGAGAGGAUGAUUGACAUGCCAGAGUCCAACAAAUGCCUGGUCUUCAGGAAAUUCUGAAAAGUCAAGCCCUUAUGCAGAGAUACAUCAGUAAUACACUGAUGUACUGAAGAACUGGGACUUUGUUCGUUCAACAUGUAAUUGCAAUUCUUGCACUUUAUGCAGCAAAGUACGAGAAUCUAUGCAAAGUUUAUUUCAAAAACAUACGUAUAUGACAGUUAUCACUAUGCAACUUCUAGACAUGAUCUUUCAAAAGGUGCUGUAGGUACCUUUUGUUGUUAAAAAAUUCUCUAAAUGUCACAGUAUAGUUGGUGCGUGAUGUUGAAGACGAUGAUGAAGACAAAAAUAAAAAUUGACUGUAUUUC